AUGGCGGUCAAACUGGCAGUGAGGGAUGGGAAAGAAGGGAAGGACAAAGUGGGUGCAAUCAUGGAUGGGAGGGGGUGCGAGGAGGAGGAGGAAGGAGCAUCGGGAGGCGGAAGCUUCUACAGCCUUGCAUGGGCUCUCUCUCACAGGUUGGCUCAGCGGUUCUGGGAGCGACGGUGGAGGGGAAGGAGCUACGGGGAGGCGACGAGAGUUCUGAUCCUCAUGUCGGAGACAGGAGGAGGACACAAGGCUUCGGCAUGGAGCAUCGCUGAAGCCCUGGAGGCGCAGGCUGACCAUCCUCUCCAGAUCUCCAUCGUUGACAUGUUUGUACGUCACACCAACUUUCCCUUCAACCGCCUCCCCAAGAUGUACUCUUACCUCUCCAACAAGCCUCGCAUGUGGGAAGCCGUGUACAAGACAACGAAGAUGACGGCAGGAACGAUACUGGGAUGUCAGGAGGCGCUCUCCCUCGCAUGGAUCGACCACUUUCAUCGCUGCGUGGAGGAGGAGGACCCCGACCUCAUCAUCUCCGUCCAUCCCCUGGUGCAGGACGGGGUGGCGAGGGUGGUACGGAGGAUCAGGAGCUGGAGGAACGGGAGAGACAUCGCGUUUGUGACGGUGGUCACUGACCUCGUGGACAUCCAUCCUUUCUGGUUCCACCCGGCAGUCGAUCGCUGCUUCGUCCCCACCGAGGGCGCGAGGGAGGUCGGAGGGAAGUGCGGCAUCGCGUCCUCCAGGCUAGCUGUGUGCGGGCUGCCCGUGCGGAAAGGGUUCCUCGACAUCCUCGGGAGGAGGAGGGAGGAGGUGCGGGCGGGUCUCGCGCUGGAGGACUUGCAGACUGUGCUGGUGCUGGGGGGAGGGGACGGGGUCGGCGACCUGGGGACGUUGGCGCGAGCAGUAGGAGGAAGCAUGCGCGGGUCAAUGAGGCGGCAGCUGAUCAUCGUCUGCGGAAAGAACACUAGAGUCUUCGAGGAGCUGCAGGAGGAGAAGUGGCCAAGAGAGAUUCGCGUGUUUGUGCUGGGAUACGUUACGAACAUGUUCGAAUGGAUGUUCUCCUCCGAUGUAGUUGUAACCAAGGCUGGUCCGGGAACCAUCGCGGAAGCAUGCAUCUGCGGCUUGCCCAUCAUGAUCUCCGGCUUCCUACCUGGACAGGAGGAGGGAAAUGUAGAUUACAUCGAAUCAAGGAACAUCGGGGAAUAUCAUCCUGACGUCUCAAACCUUGCGGAGAGGCUCAAGGCUUGGCUAGCUGACUCCUCGCUGCUCGAGCGAAUGUCGAGAAACGCGCGAGCAGCGAGUUACCCGCGAGCGAGUUUGGAGAUAGCAGGGGAGAUCUUGGAGAUUGUGCAGGGAAGAAGGGAAGCACAGAAGAACAUCGAGAGAUGA